CGUCCCCGCCCUCCCGCCCGGGUCCGAGGCCGCCAGCCCCGCCGGGCGCCCGUCAGUCCCUCCCUGCCCCAUGGCUUCUCCGGACCACCCUGUGCGCGCAGAUCAUAUGGCAAAGGAGCCAGUGGAAGACACAGACCCCAGCACUUUAUCCUUUAACAUGCCAGACAAAUAUCCCAUUCAGGAUACGGGACUCCCUAAAGCUGAGGACUGUGAUCCAAUUACUUUGAACUGCCCAACAAAUUCUGAGGUGCAUCACCAGGGAGAAGAAAAUGGCUUUCCAGACAGUACUGGAGAUCCCCUUUCAGACCUAAGCAAAGAUGAGUCCUGCAAGGAGAACUGUACUUGUUCCUCCUGUGUGCUCCGGGCCCCGACCAUAAGUGACUUACUCAAUGAUCAGGACUUGCUUGAUGUCAUCAGGAUAAAGCUGGAUCCAUGUCACCCAACAAUAAAAAACUGGAGGAAUUUUGCAAGUAAAUGGGGCAUGCCCUAUGAUGAACUGUGUUUCCUGGAGCAGCGGCCUCAGAGCCCUACCUUGGAGUUCCUGCUCCGGAACAGCCAGAGGCCAGUGGGCCAGCUGAUGGAGCUCUGCAGGCUCUACCACAGGGCCGACGUGGAGAAGGUCCUGCACAGGUGGGUGGAUGAGGAGUGGCCCAAGAGGGGUCGUGGAGACCACCCCAGGAACUUCUAGACCUCAGCUUCUUUGGCCUCUUUGGACCUUGAAACAACCACAGGUUAAGGAGGAAUGUGGAUCUGUUCUUUUUGUAAUUGUUUAGGAUAAGGACAUGAGAAUGAUGGACAUUGAUUGGUUCUCCCCAAAGCUGGUGGUUUUUGGAGGGGUAGGGUUGUGUUUUGGUGGCGGAUUUUUGUUUGUGUAGUUUUGCACAUCUGUUUUAAUUUAAUAUUUGAAUCUGGUUGGGGAAAGAUACUUCGUAGCCUCAGAUGGGGACCAGGGCCAAAGACCACAGUCAGAAUGGAAUCAUGCCAUGAUGAAAAUAAAAUGAUCCUCUCCCUUCAACACUGUGGGAGACUGAAAUGAGAACUAAGAUUGUGGAUGGUGCCAGCGGGUCAUCAUCCAUGGGAUCCUUCAUGAUGGACCGACAGCUCUCCCACAGCUCAGAGGACAACACAGAGAAAUUACCUUGUUCCUUUUUCUGUCAUAGAGGACUUUGGUAUCAUGGGGCCAUACCUUCAGGCCAUAUGUGCCAUCUUUUUUAUUCAAAUACUUUGGUAAUCUGUGCACUAUCAAAAAUGCCAUUUGUGCAAGUUUUUUUUUUUUUUUUCAAGAAAUACGAAAGUAGUAGCAAGAGGACAGAGUUAGGAAUCAGGAGGCUUCUAAGGACCUUGGGCAAAGUGUUUGACAGAGAGAGUACACAAAAUGCCCUUUGUUACCCAAGACUUUUUAAUAAUUGAAUUAAUAGUUGCUCUUCCAUCUUUUGUAUGAGGCUGAGUGUUUCAUACCUGGCAUCAGGUUCAGUUAAGAAAUAAAUAAAAAUCACCUGGCCCAGAGUUGAAAUGUAACAACUUCUAGCACCUACUAUCACAGCUGGAAACAGAGCCACCAACAAACACUACAUAGCGGUUUAGCCAAGAACAGGACGUCUUUGAUGCUGAAGAUCAGUAUUAAAAUCCAAAUUUUAGAGGAUUUUAAACCAAAUGAAAAAUUGGAUCUGAUGUUCUUAUUUUGUGGUUUAGGGGGAGGUAAAGUGUGGAGGAUGGAAGAGUUUGUUACUGGAGAGAUCAGAUUUUCUCUCUCUCUCUCUCUCUUUAAUGGGGUAACAGAGAUAUGAGGCAAAGCCUUGGCUUGUUUGACAAUUUCAUGAAAGCCCUAUUUGGAUUUGGCUAGGGCUCAGAAAAUUAAGGCACUCCUUUCAGUUUGGUGGGAUUCUGUACAAGUCCUGGAUUAAAAUAAACAAAAAUGAUGAACAUUGA